UCCCUCCCUCCCUCCCUUUCCCGUGCAUCCUCCCCCACAGCAACAGCAGCAGCAGCUUAGCCCCGCAUCCAGCUUUCUCCGGCAUCCAGCAUCCACCCGAGCCUGGGAAGGAAGCAGCAUCAAGUCCUACCCGGGCGCAGACGCUCCGACCUACGGAGGAGGAAGAGAAGAGAAGAAAAGAAAGGGAGAGGAGGGGGGACGCAUCCUCAGCAUCCGAGUGAUGCCACAGCACCAACUGCAUUUGGAGCAGCAGCGCUGAGAGUUGAUCUUGUAUUUUAGCGGGUUUGAGAGAGAGGAAGCGUUUCCAGACUCGAAGACAGCCGCAAACUGCCCAUGAAGAUGUCCAACGCUGACAUCGUCCUAAAUGCCGCCGAUCGGGUGGUGAAAUCUGUCCCCUUCCCCCUAAGCCACCGCCUUACUAUGAAAGAAGUCUUUGACUGUGAAGGGAAACCUCGAGUGGAUCUCCUCAAGGCCCACCUUACCAAGGAGGGCCGCGUGGAGGAAGCCGUGGCAUUGCGAAUCGUCAACGAAGGAGCGGCGAUCCUGCGCCAGGAGAAAACUAUUCUGGACAUUGAGGCACCAGUCACAGUUUGUGGAGACAUCCAUGGGCAGUUCUUUGACCUGAUGAAGCUUUUUGAAGUGGGAGGAUCGCCAGCCACGACGCGCUACCUGUUCCUGGGGGACUACGUCGACCGUGGCUACUUCAGUAUUGAGGUGAAGCAAACAUUACCAAUUUGGGAAAUGACAAAUUCUUUACAAGCUGGUAACUUACUCAACAUUUUUUUGUCCCAACAGUGUGUUUUAUACCUUUGGUCACUGAAAAUCCUCUAUCCAAAGACACUAUUUUUACUACGAGGAAAUCAUGAAUGUAGACAUUUGACAGAAUAUUUCACCUUCAAACAAGAAUGUAAAAUCAAGUAUUCGGAGCAAGUGUACGACUCAUGCAUGGACGCAUUUGACUGCCUUCCUCUGGCUGCGCUGAUGAACCAACAGUUUCUGUGUGUCCAUGGCGGACUCUCACCUGAAAUACACACCUUAGAUGAUAUUAAAAAGUUGGAUCGGUUCAAGGAGCCGCCGGCUUUUGGGCCCAUGUGUGACCUGCUGUGGUCGGAUCCUCUGGAAGACUUUGGCAAUGAGAAAACCCAGGAAUAUUUCAGCCACAACACAGUGCGAGGUUGCUCCUACUUUUACAGUUAUCCAGCUGUUUGUGAAUUCCUACAGAGCAAUAACCUAUUAUCAAUCAUCCGAGCGCAUGAGGCACAAGAUGCAGGUUACCGGAUGUAUCGUAAAAGUCAGACCACGGGAUUCCCAUCCCUCAUCACCAUCUUCUCUGCUCCAAAUUACUUGGAUGUUUACAACAACAAAGCUGCUGUACUCAAAUACGAAAACAACGUCAUGAACAUCCGACAGUUCAACUGCUCGCCUCAUCCCUACUGGCUGCCCAACUUCAUGGACGUCUUCACUUGGUCGCUGCCAUUCGUUGGAGAGAAAGUCACAGAGAUGCUGGUGAAUGUGUUGAGUAUAUGCUCUGACGACGAGCUAAUGAAUGAUGAAGAUGAGAUAUUUGAUGCCAACGCAGCCGCAGCACGCAAGGAGGUGAUCCGAAACAAGAUUCGUGCUAUUGGGAAAAUGGCCAAAAUGUUCUCAGUCCUCAGAGAGGAGAGUGAAAAUGUGUUGACGCUCAAGGGCCUGACGCCCACCGGCAUGCUGCCGAGCGGGGUUCUCUCUGGGGGCAAACAGACGCUGCAGAGUGCCACCAUUGAAGCCAUUGAAGCCAUCGAGACGACUGAUGAGGACAGAGAAGCCAUCCGUGGCUUUUCCCCCCAGCACAAGAUCACCAGUUUCGCGGAAGCCAAGGGCCUGGACCGCAUCAACGAGCGCAUGCCCCCUCGCAGGGAUGGCGUCAACCACGUGGGGCACUCCAUGGGAAAGAUGAAUAUGUCCGAGGCAAACGGCACGGAUGACAACAGCAACAUCCAGUGAGCCUCGGUUGGUGAUGGUGGUGGUUGCGGUGGAGAUAGCAUGGGGGGGCGUGGGGGGCUGCGACUUUGCAGAUGUUUCCCCGUGCAGUGAGACAUUGCCAAAUCGAAAUUCAGGCCUCAGAACAUACACAAAUGGGCCCACAGCAGACAGAUGAGCAAAAAGGUCAUUUAUUUGGUGACAGAAUGUGAAGGUUGAGGGGGGGCUGGGGGCCGCAGUGUGGUAAAAACUUAUCUCCCUGUCGUUCCCUCCCUCUGCUCAAUUACAGACUGAACUCAGUCGGACAUUGUGUUGGUGACACGCGACCGACAAAAGGCAGAAUUUCAAUAUCCAUGCCAUGCAAAUGAUUUUAUUCUUUAUUUUUAUUUAUAUCAAGACACUUGCAAAUUCACAGCUUGAGGAUAUCGAUCUUGUUUUGAGAGUAUGACAUCAUUACACCUUGAAAAAAAUCUUUGGAGGGUCCAAUUCUGUUUCACAAGGAACCAUAUUUGGCUACUUCAUAAUACAACCAAGUCACUAUGAGGCGGUAAUUAUUCCUAAUCUGCAAAGAAAAAUAAUGUUAACACAGAUCAUUAUAAUGAACAAUAUUGCCAAAACAGUCUAAUCAUGAACGUUUUGAAAAAGUUACAAAUGUAUCAAAUUCCCAAGUAAGUGAAUCUGUCAAGGUGUAAUGGUAGAUUAUUUUAUUUAUUUAUCUUGUCUUGAUAUUUUCUUGAAAGAUGAGCAUUAAAAAGUCACUGCAGAGUGAGAUUAAACCGCCACAUGACUCGCCGCCAGUCAUCUCCUAGCAACUCGGAGGAGUUGAGGGCAGAAAAGGGGGGGAUGGGAGACUUAAUCUCCUCGGUAUAUCUACAGUAUCUAUUAAGAGAAUGUGAAAAGGGUUGCAUUUUUAUUUUGAUCAAAGAGACAUUUCUGCCUCUCUGCAUUGUUUGUGCUCACGUUGGCAACGCAUGGCAUUACCUCGCACAUCCUCACUUUCUGUAAAAAAUAAAAAUAUAAAAAUAAAAAAUCACUUGAGCAUCCUCCUCCACCGAAGCUUCAGCAAUCACGCCUGCGUUGCUAUAGGACCGGAUAACAGAGGCGAAGAGGAAAAGAGACUUGGGCAUUUUAUUAUAUAUCCUGCUUGUCCAGCGCUGCCCAAGAUGUGUGCUGUCACUCAGGUGUGCAUUAGCGCCCCAUUGUUUUUGUUUCCCUCUGCAUUUGAGUUUGAAAUGUGUAAUAGCAAAACAAAGUAUCAGUACUACAAAUUUAAAGAUGCAUACUUGUAUAGUAUUAUCUUAAAUUAUAAGAGGUGGGCUUCAUUUAUUGUUUAUGGCGAAUCUAACAGUGGAACUUCGCUAAGGUGUCCACACGGUGAUAAAAUAAAAGUUUUUUUGUUUUUCAAUUUAAUAGUUAUAAAAGAAAUAACAGCUUGUUUUCUAUAGAUUUUGGAAAGUCGCUAAAGUAGGAAGCUCAGACUUUAAGUAACAUGUUUCCUUUCACGCAUUUUAAAAUAUAUUUUACUCCAUUAUUAAAGGUACAGUUUGUGACUCCAGGAUGGACAAAACAGUGAUUUUCAACACAGCAUCUAUGGUACGGAACGCAUCAAUGCAUGCAAUUAAGUUCCUAAUUGUAAUGUGAGAUUAUAAUUGUGAUACUGUAGUCGUGAUUCAAAUAGUAAGCUUGAAUUAUUUUAUGAUUAAAUUCAAUUUGUUGUUUCAUUUGUCUUGUUUUAUACAUUUUAUAAAUAGGCUUCCUUAUUGUUUUUGACCAUUUUUUUAUUUGUUAUUUAUUACCACUGCUUUUAAUUUUUUAUUGAGUCAUUGUAUGCAGGGAUGCCCUUCACAGGUGUGAAGCCUUGUUUACAUUUCUGUUGUAAUGAUAUACGGAACAUGUUUAAUAGUGUGAAUGAAUAUAAUCUCAGUGAAAAGAUACUUUCAGGCUGCCAAAGCAUGAUAGCAUGGUUUUCAGAUGUAAAUUAAUUGGACACCUAAAAAAAAAGAAAAAAAUCACGUGUCACACUUGCGUUGAACAAGAAACUGUACUGGUUCUAUUUAUUGCUGAUAUUACCAUUAUUGUUACAACUUAUUCUUAUGGUUCUUUUCCUUCCUCUUGUUCUGGUUCUUGUAUGGUCUACAUGCAUAUUUCGAGAAAUAUAAUGGAUUUUAUCUUGCAACAUUUUUUUUUUUAAUAUCUCGAGAGAUAUGUUUUGGCAUUUGACUUCCUAAAUGAUACACACAUUGUAAGCAUGCCCUAUGGGACAAAUCGCUUUUUUUUUACUCUUGAAUAAAAUAUGCAUGAACAAACUCAA